UUCACUUUUCGGUCAAACUCAUCUAUUUUAAAAAUAGCGAUAUUAAUAAUAGCAUUUAAAAUGCGAGAUUUGUAAAAAUAAUUAAAAAAUAAAUAAAUAAAAUAAAAUAAUAUAAAAACACAAAAAAAGUUGGCCCAAUUUAUAUUUGUCUAUAAAACUAUUUCUGGUAUUUACGCAUACGUUUUUUGAUUAAACGCGUUAAAAGAUUACGAAAAACAAAUUACAGCCAUGUAUGUCCUUACUUUUAACUUAAAGUGUAUGACAAACGACGGUAUUUUCCCCCUUUUUAAUACUACUGUAAGUGAACUUUCUGAGGUCUUCAGACCAUGCUAAUUAGACUUAAGAUGUCCCUGUUUGAAAGCUACUGAAGUCAUAAAUACUUCUUGAAAAGCCAAAAGUCCCGGUCUUCCUCACUUUCACUUUUAUUUUAAUGUAGACGCUGGACAGACUCUUAUCUCUAAAGGGAAACGUGCAAAAAUGCAGCUCUUUGAAAGGCUUUAGAGCAGCGCAAGUGUUGAUUGAUAUCGUGACGCAAAGGUACCAGUCGUUAAAGAUGGCAGAGGAAGGCCGGGCUGUGUACGUUCACGGUUUACCAACAGACGUGGAUCGUGAACGGCUCCGGGAUAAACUACUGAUACAUUUCCUACGCGCGAGGAACGGAGGAGGAGAGGUCACGUCAGUCACUGUCAUCAAUGCCACUCCUGUGUGUGCCCUCAUCAAAUUUGAGGAAAGCAGAGUGGUCCAAAGUGUACUUCGUCAUCGUCUCCACAUUUUAAAGCUGGAUGGCAGAGAGUAUGAACUCUCCCUGAGUCUCCCAGGCCAAGAGCCCUUGAGUCUGAAUAAGGUGAUCCUCGAUAUGGCUGUGACCGUUGAUUGCAGUCAGCUUCCUCUGGGUACUCUGAAUGUACUGUGCUGUAAAUUUCCAGGCCUACAUUUGCAACCUGACCCAUUACAGCAGACAUGCACCUUUCAAGGCAUCUAUUCUGAGGUUCAGGGUGCCUUGUCUUAUAUGGAAAAGUUCUUAACUCCCAAUCAUCACCUUAUGAGGGUAGAAAAUCCUGAUUUUAGUGGAGAAAGCAGGCAAGCUCCAAAGAAAAAGGAAGACAGAGGGAGUCAAAAGCAUCAAAGUUGGACUAGCUUUGCACACCAGUCACCAGACCUUCAUAUUGGAGAGCUCAGCUCUGUAUCCAUGGUGGGAUUAGCACAAGAGCGCUAUGAACCUCAAGAUAACACUGAGGCUCUCACACAACUUGAGAGACACACUGUUUGGACAGAGAAAAGCAAAAUGGAUGAGGGGGAAUUUGCAACAGAUUUGGAAGAUCUUUCACUUAUCAUGGAAGCUGAUGUGUUUGCGUACCUACAGAGCAACAAAGAGUACAAGCGAAUACUGCAUACUUAUGGAGUACAAGUGGUCCAUGUUACAUCUGAGGGGGUCACUACCCUGUACCUGCAAUCAGAGGUCCCAACAGGGCCAGAGGUUAAACAGAACAUGCGACAAGCCCAUAAGGAGCUGGGCCAACUUUAUCAGCAGCAAGAGAGUUGUUUGAGGAAAGACAAGCUACAAAAGAGUGCCAUCUACCUGCCAGGGGGUCUGACUGCAGCAUUGAAAGAUGUGCAGUCAGUACUGCCUAAUGUUCUGCUUAGUUACGACAAGAACAACAUUUAUAUAGUGGGAGAGAGAAGCGAGGUAUCUCAGGUCAAACAAAUGCUGCUGCUUGGGGCGGAGGGGGAUAUUAUGGGGAGCUUGACAACAAUGCCAACAUCCUCUUCCAGUUCUCCAUCCCCUGAAUCCUUAGAGAGAGGACAACAGGCUAAGAAGAAAAGUGAAGUGAAUACUCCAGUGACUCCUAAAUUGAUUGGCUCUAGUAGUGAACAAAAAAGGGAAGGUGGAAAAGAAUACAAACUAGCAGCUCGGUUUAAGAGCUCAGGGUUGGGUGGAGACCCCUUAAGCAUCCCUGCUAAAAUGGACAGGGUAACAAUAGCCUCAAACUCUCAGUCAGUACCACUUACAAAGUCUGCACUUGGCAGUGCAGGCAUGCUCCGUAACGAACUGACUGGGGAAGGAACUGAAGUAUUCAAGAUGACUGGACCAAUCUGUACAGGAGAUGAUGUCCUGUUUAAAAAUCUAGAGCCACUAUCCUGUGUGAAUGCAUAUAAUGCCAACUCCAACACAUCCAAGUCCAAACCAAAUACAUACUCUGGAUUCACCUCAACAUUGACAACAGGAGUCAAAGCCUCAAACACAAUUGUAAAUGCUCUAUCUGCCAGUAUUGCACAAGUGAAGGCUGCUGCCCCCUCUACAGCAAAACCAGUGCCCACUUCCAAAUCCUCUGUCAGAAGGUCUAAUAGUUUCUCUGGUCAGCCUUACCUUAAAGAGCAGAUGCAGAAGAACCAGAAAACUGUUGGGUCAAUGGUUGAUGCCUAUGCUCAUCAAAGAAAAAGAUCCAAUAGCCUCAGUAGAAAUAAGAGAAUCUUCACAGAAUUUUCCACCACUGUGGAAGCAGAACUUACUGUGUCUUCAGAAAUGUGGAGCUACAUGAAAGAGGCCUAUUGUAACCAACUGGACAGCAUGAAAUCUGACUUGGAAAUGUCUCAGAAACAAGCCAGCAGAAGUAACGUAAGUGUGAUACUGAAAGGCUCAGAGUCCUCCAAGGUUGCAGAAUGUCAUCGGCAGCUACAGAAUCUUGUGUCUAUGGUAGCCAGUGACUUUUGCAUUCAGGAAUUGCGUUUGGCAGAGCUUGGGGUGGUUGAAAAAGAUGAAUCGUUUGAGGCCUGCUGUUCGAAUGUGCGCUCAUGCUUUCAUAAAGUCAUCUUGCACACCUUGAAAGACAGCAUUUUCUUGUAUGGUCCAAAAUUGCUCUGCUCCCAAGUGAGUGAAAUAUUGAAGGAUGCAUUUCCUCGGAAUGAGUCCAAUUAUUUACCACAGAUGAAGACAUUCCAUCAACAGCAGGGUGUAGAUCAAGGAGCAGCCAAUGCAUCGUUGAGUACAACUGAAGUCCAAAUGAGCAAGCAGUCAACCAAAACUAAUCAGUCUGCUUUUCAAGAUACAAAUCAAAUGGAUUUUUCUAACAACAAUCAGACAAAAUGCAAGAGUGGGGGUCAAUCGACAAAACUGAAAUCAACUGCAUUGAAAAAGUUGGAGGAACCUAGAUCUGUGACAGAUGAAUUACUCAAGACAAACUCAGUUAGCCAAUCAGCUGAUGCCAGAGAAGAACAAACAGGGCUAAAAUGUGAUGGGCAAACGUCUUUACCACUCAAGACACACAAGAAAGAAGAUACCUCCACGAUUUGUAAACAAACUAACUUGCUGUCCCAUAACCCUUUGGAGUAUUGCUUUUGUGGAGCGAGUGGAACAGAUGUUAAACAGACUAAUUGUGGUGUCAUUCUGUGCCCUGUCUGCCUUCCAAUUCAUUCAUACUGCAGAGUGUGUGGAAAAGAAGAGACUUGCUCUCAGAUGAAGGUGCAGGAGGAUCCAGUGCUUCGUUAUGGCUCGAAAGAUGUAAAACUAAAUCAGAUACAUGGAUAUCAGGCUCAAGAGAAGCAUUUAGGGAAAGAGGACAACAAAGAAGAAAAGGGCAUCAAAGGCACUAUGACAUGUUCUGAGAUGCCUUCAAGCCUUGCAGGCCAUCCCCGACACACAACAGCCAAGAUCACAUACUGCAUACCUGAUGGCAUACAGGGGGAUAAGGAACCCUGUCCAGGUUCACCAUUCCAAGGUGGUAUAUUUGAGGCAUACCUGCCACUCAACCCAAAAGGGCAGCAUUUAUUGCCUUGCUUGGAAAAGGCAUUUCAUCAAGGGCUAACCUUUACUGUUAGUUCAAGCAACAAGGACAGUGGUGGGGGUGCAAAAGUUACCUGGGGCAAGAUCCCUCACAAGACCAGGAUGGAGGGAGGAAAAAGCAUGAACGGAUAUCCAGACUCUACAUAUCUUAAUCGCUUGUCUGAGGCACUGGUGGCAUAUGAGAUUGAGUACCUAUGAUUAGUCAAGAUCCAGCUAAAUCCUGACCUUGAGACAUCCACAUCUUAAUCUUGACCACAAAUAAUUAAAUGAGUAAAUAUUUUUCUUUUUAUAUGCAUUAUUUCUUUUUAUACUUUUCUUUCAUGGAAAUAGUGAAGUAAAUUAAGUCUUUUCAGGCUGCAAAAAUAAAAUGUAUCUCACAUUAGAGAAUUGUGAAAGACUAAGUGCUACGCAAUCUUUUAGUAUUAAUUUUUUGUACUAACAUUAUCAGCAUUUUAUACAAUACUUUUAUAAGUUGUAUUGAGACAUCCUAUAGGUACAGUAUCAAUAACUCUCAACAUGUAUACCGAGGAUGUCUGUGAAUCAGUUCGACAACAUCUUUUAA